CUGAAGAUAAUAGUUAUGGGAUUAUUGGUGAUUUUAAUAACAAAGAUAAUAUCACAAUAUCAUCUGAAAAAAUAGCUGAAGAUAAUGAGAUUAUUAAUGUUUCUAAUGACAAAGAAGGUAAUACCUCAAUAUUAUCUGAAAGAAUAGCUGAAGAUAAUGGGGUUAUUAAUGGUUCUAAUGACAAAGAAGGUAAUACCUCAAUAUCAUCUGAAAAAAUUGCUGAAGAUAAUGCUAAUUAG